AUGACUUUUGGAGAGGACAAAGAUAAAGUGACCAAUAUUGUUGUACCGCAGUUAAAUGGCUUCAGAGAACUCUAUGCUCCGAUAUUGAAACAUUUUGAUCAGUACAUAGACAUCCCAAAGACUGGAGACAGCAAAGAAACUUGUAAUCAGGAUGUUAGUCCAGAGACAAGGAUACAUCACUUAAACCAUUUGCCAAGAACUCCACAAGUCAAGUUGGUUAGGACUUGGUCACAGGGUCCAAGAUCAAAGGACACCGAAGAUUGCUUGAGAGCCAUUGCGUACGAUCCAGAUUCUAGUGAAAUUUUAGAUCAGUGCUUGAGAGAAAUAGUAUGGAAAUCUAGCAUAUCACAGAGUUUAAAGGGAAUUCUUACUGCUGGCGUAGGAAAAGCUGUAAAAUACAGUGCAGCUAAAAUAGUAAAAAUGGUGAAAUCCAAUGAGCGCAAGAAAUUAACUUCCUCGUCUACAGUGCAACAAAAAUUAGAAAAAAGCGAACCAGUGAAUAGACCAGAAAUAAGAACUGAAAAUGAAGUCAAAGCUCCAGAAAAGAGAAUUGAACCAUAG